CCCGCCCCUCACCGGGGGCAGCCGCGCGCAGUCUGCCGCCGCCACCUCAGCCGCGCUGGGUCUGCACUGACUGACUCUCGUCGCCCGCAGCUCUCCACCCGCUGCCAGCCGCCGAGAGCUGAAGGUCUCACACGUCUACCGCCAGCGCCGGCGCGCGAGAUUCAUCCAUGAGCUCGGAUUUCCCACACUACAACUUCAGGAUGCCUAAUAUUGGAUUCCAGAAUCUGCCUCUCAACAUAUAUAUUGUGGUUUUUGGCACUGCUAUAUUUGUCUUCAUUCUUAGUUUACUCUUCUGUUGCUACUUGAUUAGGCUAAGACAUCAAGCACAUAAAGAAUUUUAUGCCUACAAACAGGUUAUAUUAAAAGAGAAAGUAAAAGAACUGAAUUUACAUGAGCUCUGUGCAGUGUGUCUAGAAGACUUCAAGCCUCGAGAUGAGUUGGGGAUUUGUCCAUGUAAGCAUGCCUUCCACAGAAAGUGCCUUAUUAAGUGGUUGGAGGUUCGGAAAGUGUGUCCCCUGUGCAACAUGCCAGUUCUGCAGCUGGCGCAGUUGCACAGUAAGCAGGACCAUGGACCCCCGCAGGGCCCCCUCCCCGGAGCAGAGAACAUUGUAUAGCUCACUGCACGGACCAGACUGUUGCUGGAUGAGACAUCUGCGUGGAGCCGGGAGGAACACAAGCAGUCUCUGUCUCGGCUGCUCUCUACCUGGGGCACCAGCUGCCAUUUCCUUUGCCUCAUGGAGAACUCUUGGGCCAGCCAGGCUGAGAACCCAGGCAUCUGGGUCUUGUGACAAUCAAGGCAAUCUGACACCACCCCAUGAGAGAGAAGAGAAGUGGAUAAGCCUGCAGGUUUGAUUCCAGAAACUCUGUGAUCUCUUGCUAACUCCAUUACGCUGUCUACCAGACACUUACCUCCAUGUCAAGGUGAAUCUUUAUUAGGCAGAAGGGAAGAUGAACACAGGUGUUAGAGAAGGGAGCUGAGAAAAGGUCUCUAAGUCCACACACCGCCCUAAGGAUGGUUAAGCUUCUGUGCAGACCCCAAAAACCUCCUGGUACCCCUGAGCCAAGUAAAACCAGCGGUUAUGCCAGCCGAAGCACAACCUGCCAGUAGCUCGCGAGGCAGUGCCCGUAAGGCUUGUGUCCCUCUGAUGAGGUCACACUGCAACCCAAGGGCUUCAGGUGCAACAGAGUGCAGUCCUCUCACCACCAGCUCAGCUCACUCCAGGUUCACAGUACUUGCUGUCAAACCUAGUAAGCUGAAGGCUUGGAAAGGCCUGACCAGAAGUCAUUUCCUCUGAUCAUUUCCUCUCCUUUUCACCAGUGAGGCUCGUUAGGAGCCCACACUGUCCCUGUGUGACCUGGGGGCCCCAGAGUGUCGUGCAGUGUCCUUGUAGCUGUUGUUUGUGGAGGACCACCAUGAGCCCCUCAGGUGGCCCCAGAGAGGAGCACCUUUCUGAGAAAAGCUGAUCUGCCUGGCCCUUCUAGAUGAAGAUGCUGAACCCUUUACCUCUCCCUUUUCCCUCUAUUCUUUGCUCUUACCCUGUUUCUACUUAAAAUGCCUGCCAGUGACUUUUAAGUUUAUCCCAUAUAAGAUCCUAUGUAAGUCAGAAGCCUGAAGCCAGUGAUCCACUCAGAAUUGUAACCGGGUCCAGCCCCUCCUCCACUGGUGUGUGCCUCAGUAUUUGGACUUGGAUCGCUGACUGCAAGUGUCUUUAUAGGAGAGAAAUGCAUGCUGCUCUGUGGCUCUUUCUGUCCUGCUUUUGUAGAAAUGAUUCAGCCCACUAGAGCCUGCAAACACUGUAAAUCAGCCAUGUAAAGCAGCAGCGAGUGACAGAAAACAUUCUUUUCCACAGCCUGCUCUCCCCCUCAUCACAGGAGUGCUUCCUCAAUGCCUCGGCAACCGCUUUGCUCUGCUCCAUCCCACAGGUGUGAGUGGGAAGUUUUUCACCGGAAGUACAGUCUGCGUGACAUGGAAAGAGGAUGGAGGGGCUUGCUGCUCUGCUCCUGGCAUGUCUCCGGGAAUUUUUUUCCGGAGUCCAGCCUCUACUCUCUUGGAACGAGAGCAAACCUGUCCUUGGUCAGGUGGCUGAGGUCAGAUGAGGAGGAAAAUUCCCAUUUGCCUAGAAAAGUGCUGAGCAGAAUCCAGUUUGGAAAAUUACUAAUCCAGCCGGUCAGAAUUGGAGUUUCCUAUGGGCGACCUAUUUGUGGUAUGCCAACUGGCCUGCUUCCUAAACAGGGCAAGAGAAGUAUGAACUAUUUUUAUACGAGCGCCUUAGCCUGUUUGGCCCCGUGAGAACUCUGUACACGCUCACCCUCCUUUUGUGUUGUUUCUAGCAUGAUUGCACUGAAUGCUACAACACCCAGUUUACAGUGAACUGUUUUCAGUGACCAAUGUCAGAAGUGGCUUGCUUCUGACCUCACCUAGCAUGUACCAUUUUCCACAGCAGCCUUGGGACAGAUGUCCUUUUCUAGAGGGGCUCCAACAGAAAGGAGAAUUUUUUCCUUCAAGGGAGGAAUGUCCAUGAUCUAUACAAACUAUUGCCACUUUGCCAAUCCUUCCUUCUAAAGGAUUCUAGCAUUUGUUACAGCCCUUUUGUCCCUGUGCAUGGGAACUAAGGACACAGCCUCACCAAGUCCCUGCCUUUACAGAGGCAGAAUAAGUGACCUCACUGCAUCAGAGCUCCAGGCAGGUGGAGACAAUUGGUGCCAGACUGGACCUCAGGCAGGGGGCCUGGAUUGUCGGGCUGUGCUCUUCAGUGGGCCCCACCUUAGGGUCUACUUGACCAGACAAGGUGUCACUAACCUCACUUUCUCCACACUUAUGGAUGUGGAGUGCUUCAAAGAAGGCAUUCCUCCUACUAGAACUGGCUAGAGCUGAAGAUGUACUCCUCCUCAGUUGUCUCCUCCUUGUGCGUGGCGGCCUACAGUGGUAGGUGGCAGGCCCAGUAUCAUUCAGAGCAGUUCUGACAGCUCUUAGCCACACAACCCCCGUGUUUGCUCCCCACAUCUGCCCCUUCCCCACCACCAAGCCAGGCCUUUCUUGUGCAUCUAUAGCAAUGGCCAUGCAAACAGCAGACCCUUUCAUUAAUGUCAUCUCUUUAUUCAGAUUAAAAUCACGUUUUUUGUUUUUUUUUUUUUAUCUGAAGGACACUCCAUCCAGAUUUUUUUAAAAAAAUUAUGUAGGAAAAACAGAAUGAUGUACAGAUCCCUUUAUAUUCUCUUUGCUCAGGCCCAAACCCGUGGGGAGGCUGCCCUUUCCACAUCCAUGAGCUGCUGGUGACCUUUUGUCAAACAUGUGGAUACAUGGGGACUCUAGGCAGCUCUUGGACCACUGGAUGGUGUACUUUGUCAUAGCGUCUUAAGCAGCUCACUGUGUGCCAUGGGUUAGUGGAGCAAACUCCUGGCUGGAUUCCGUCGUGGCUAAAUCAUUAUCUGGUUGUUGCGAGGGCCACAACUCAACUGGCUGUAGAAACCAGGGACAAAUGCAGUCUCAUUUGAUUCCCAGUUGGGUCAGCAUCUGCUGCUUUUCUUUGCCCAGUCCAAUUUGGUUAGGCCUGUCCCUGGCAGGUAAGGUCCUUGUGGCCUGUGCUUGUCUAGCCAGGGAAAAGGGGAAGACAAAAAUGGCCAGCUGAGGACAAGGGGCCUCUGAGGUCUGGACUGAGGAAUACAGGGAAGCUCCUACCACUAGCAAUGUUGUUCUUGACAAGACUUGACUAGUGAAGACCCUUUUCAUAGCCCUACUCCAAAGCACAUCAUCUCCAUGGCCUGAUCCUGCUCUUCUCUGAAAGACAGUAACUACUUUGAGAGACCUUUUAGGGAUGAUGAAAUGAUGCACAGCAAAGGACCCCAGAGAUCUAGGCACAAGCACUUGCAGUGAUAUGAAUCAGCCCCUUGGAACUCACCCUGUGCCUUUCUGCAGGUCAGCCCCUCAAAGCCCCAUUUCCUUACCCACCCACCCCCCCAGGGAUGUAGUGACAGUAACUGGACAGCCUCGUGGGAGGAUUAGCUUAAGAGUGCUAAUGGGGCCUCAGUCAGGGUACUGAUACUACAUAGCAGCAUCUGAAGCUUCCUGAGCUGCAGGGACCUUGUUCCCAACCUUUCUUCUCCUGACCUUCCUUGGUCACCUCCAUCUGCCUCUGCCCACAGAGCACACUAAUUUGGUUGCUUAGUGCUGUCUUCCUUUAUCUUUUGAGUAGUCCCUACAAAAGUGCGCAUAUUAUAUAGUUGAGUCUUCCUUGUUGUCCUCACCCCAUGACCACCAUUAGUUUAUUCCUUGUGUAUCCUUCCAGAGUCUGCACACAGACUCACACAUACAUAUGUAAUCUUUCUCCCUUUUUGUUCACAAGAGGCAGGAAUUCAAGAGACAGUCCUAUUCAUGGAGAUAAAACCAUCCAGAAGUCAGAACAUCUGUAAAACAAGAGGCCUGAGAGGGUGUUUUUGCAAUGACAUUCCCUUUGAAUAAGGCUCUUUUCUACUUUAUUACAUUCUGGAAUUCUGGUUUCCUGUACAAAAAAGAAACUGCAAUCCUUCCCUUCCUCCAAAUGCCCCGCUAAUCCCAAAGUACCACCAGUUUCGUUUUCCACACUAGCCCUGAGCAGCCGUGCAGGUGUCCCAACAAGCUGCCACCCCUCCCCCUUGCCAGCCGCUCCUGAAGGACCAGGAGUGUCCCAUAGUGAUGUCCAGCUGACUGUCAUGGUCUCUUGGGUGAGUGCCAAUGUUUCUGAGGCAGGGGUUUGAAACCAGGCUUCUGUCUUGUGGGACAGGUGUCUCUUGCUGUUCUUCACCACCAUGGCUACACUUGCAUGUCCAUAUGUGAGCUCCCAGAUUGGCUGCUUUUCCCAAGAUCUUUAAGUGCAUUCAGAAGCAAGUGCUUCCUACUGAAUUUCCCCCUUGCUGAACUAACUUUCCAUCUGACAAUAGAAUCUGUACCACUAGUAGUUUUUUUCCAUUUUUUUGUUUUGUUUUCGCUUUUUGUUUGUCUUGAGACAGGGUCUCACUAUUCAGUUGUCUGGCC